AUGGAUACAGUUGAAAUUCCACUUAUCUUUGAUCUUCGACUACCUUGUGCACGAUUAGAACGUCAGAUCAUUCGUCAAAUAUAUGAAAUGAUUAAAAAUGGUGAUGAAAAUCUUGAUGUUAAUUUAUCUGAAGAUAAGUUAUUAGCUUUGGCUAUGGAAAAAUUACGAAGUACAAGUGUUUAUGGAAAGAAUAUUCAGGAUAUUCUCGAUGAUACAAACCUGUUUAAACAUUAUUUUCACGACCAAAUUGCAAUACUUUUGGAUGAAUUAGGUAUCAAUCAUUUAUCUGUGUCAUUCGCACAAAAAUUAUUAACAAUGAAUCCAAGUUUAACUGUCGAAAAUAAAAUGAAGUACUUUCUUCUUGAUCAAGAUGAAUUGAUUAAAUUAUUAAAUUUAUUUGAGAUUGGCUUAGAAAUUAUUGGAGAAGAUAAAUGGCAGUUCGAAGAACAAUUUCUUAUUUUUAACAAGACUAAAAUAGUAACAUUCAAUAACCCAACUAAUCUGUACGUUCUUAUUCAAGUAGAACAGCAAUUCUAUCAAAUUCUACCACAAGAAUCCUUUGAUAGUGAUAGAAUUUAUGAGUGCAAUGGUGAUCCAUUGAUCGAAACCAGUUUGAUGAACUUAAUCGAAUUACUUGUUUCGUCAACAGUUAUUGAUCGCGCUGAUGAUAUUGUACAAUUAUCAACUGCAUAUGAUUUUAUCGUCCAAAGUAUACUCGCUUUAAACAAAUAUGAAAUAUACAAUUUAGAAAAAUUACGUUCCUUUGAAAGUCUUGUAUAUUGUGUUAUGGAUCUACUUUCCAAUGAUGAGGCUCUAGUUGUUUUCAAGAAUAUUUGCCUCAAGUCUUACAAUAACACUACUUUUAAUGGUACUUUUCCAACAUGUAAUGAUAUCAGUAAAUUUAUGAGAAUUUUAACUAAAAGGAUUAACUCUCAUCGUAAGGAUUCAAUUGAUUCAUUUACUUGUCGACCAUUACUGAAACUUGAAGUAGAGUUCUUAAAAAAUUGGCUAAUCGAUCAUGGUAACAUGUAUUGUACUGUGCUUGAUUAUAUCUACAAAUCGGAUAGAAAUUUCUGGCAUCAUUCUGCGAAAAUAUUUAAAUAUAUUGAUCAAAAACUUGAUCUAUUGUCAAUUGUUCAAACCAGAUUCGAUGAAAUAUCAUCGAUAGAAGAACUUAAAAACCUUGAUGAAUAUUUUUCUCAAUCAAGCAAUGAAACACAGAAAGUCCAACGAAUUAUGAUCAAUCGCAUAAGUAGUCAACUUUUCAAUUGCGUUAGGAGUGAAAAUGUAUUUGAAAGUGACAAAAAUAUCAACGAAAGAAAUGAAUUUAUAUUUGAAAGCUAUCUAACUAAAUAUUAUGAUAUUUUCCAAAAGAAUAUCCGUGCUCAUUCAUUUGAUCCGGGCUUUACAAUGAUCGCCUCAAUUGCAUGGCUCAAGGCUUAUCUUCAAAUCUACGCAUUUUCAUUGAUGGAAGAUAGCCGUGGUAUGGUUAUGGACGAUAUUGAUAAACUUUUAACAAAUACUGAAUCCGCAUUUUGUUCAACUCUAAAAAUAUUCAUAAUGAAAAGUUUAUGCCAAAUUUGUCAUGUAGAUCUUGAAGGAUUAUACGAGAUUUUUGUCAACCGCACUUGCGUUUGGGUUAAGACACUGUUUUCACAUUACAAAUAUCAGCAACAGCGAAAAUCUAGUCAAAAUAUUAUUCUACCAGCAACUCUAUUUCAGGCUAAGGAAGAAUAUAUGAACAUUAUUGAUGUACUGAAAGAUGAUACACCAAUAGAAAAUCAAAAAACUUUCAUCGACAAGUAUUCGACAAAUCAGCAAUUGUCAUAUUGUUUUAUCAUGUUUUUUGUGCAUCAAUAUGCCCAAUUCUACAAAAAUGCUGCACCAAAUAAUAAAUUUGAAAGUAUUAUGGAAAAUUUGAAUACAAAAUUGAGCGAAUAUUUUGAACCUAUUGGCUAUAAAUUUUUAUUUUUACUUUGUAAUAAUUUUCGUGAUACAUCUUAUUUUCGAUUGCAUGAAACAAUGACUCAAGAUGAACUAUAUCGACGUUUGCUCGCGCUCAACAUUACUGCCUUGUUUCUUUCAUGCAAAGCUGAUCAAAAUGUUACCUUAUUCAGUAGCAUCCUGUUUGAUGAACGUCGAAAAAUGCCACAAAAUUACGGAGACCAUUUGAAAACUGUAUGUUUACCAGGUUUCAUAUUUGAUGAUCAAAACCAUACAAGCCAUGAAAAUAGCACGCCUAGACUUGGUUAUCACAAUAUGAAAUCUGCCAAACUAAGCAAUAUCCAUGAAAAACCUGAUCAUCUAAAUCUAUCUAUAUCAUAUCGUUUCAUUCAUAUGAUUAUUCAUGCUAUUCUUCUUAUCUUACACGAACUCGAUCUGCUUGAUAAUUCAUAUCAACCAAAUCGUGAUGAUUGUAGAGAUCACUUUGAAAAGGAUUACGAGUUGAUAUGUCAGUUAUCAACUGAUCCAGAUCAAUGUUAUAUAUGGUUGUACAAAUUGAUUGAUCACUUGGUCAUUGGUGAUUUUCAGCAAGACGGUUCACUGGAUCAUAAUCAAAGGGUUAUUGAAUUUGAAAAAUCUAUUGAAAAUAAAUUAAUUAUUCCUCAUAUUGGAUCAAUAGUAAACGAAAUUCGGGAAUACAAAUUAACCUGUAACAAAUUUUUGAAACGACACAAUACUCAUUUAACAUUGGACGAUUUGAUUGAUGAACUUGUUGAUGAUGAAAAUGAGCAUCCACUAUUAAGCUUCUUUAAUACGACCAACAAUUAUACAGUUAACCCAAUAGAUUCAUUUCAUGCUAAACUUCGAAUAUUGUCUGAUGCUGAUAAGAUAUAUGCAAUGACGAUGUUCUUUCUUAAACGAUCUGAUGAUUGUGCAAAUAUUCGAUAUCUACAUCCGAUAAUCACGUUUGUUGACUAUUUGAAUCAGAAGUUCAAUUAUCGAAUAACGCGUAAAGAUGCAGAGAAGAAAACGAUCCAGGAAGUUUUAUUCAAUGAUUCGGAUAGAGCAAUGGCAUUGAAGUUAUACAAUGACUUUAUUGAAGCAUGGUAUCAACUCAGCUUUAAAGAGGUUUACUUAGAUUCUCAACCAGUCAAGUUCGAACAUAAGUAUCCAUCAGAAGAAUUUAGACAAAGAACAGAAAUAGCUAAAUUAUUCAUAAAUUCGUCAAAAGAUCCUAAUAGUCUUUUAUUAAUUGCUUGUAUCAAAACGAUUAGUGAUUUACAAAAUAAGAUUGUUCAACAUUUUUAUGAUAUUAUGAAUUCAAAUUCAGCAGACAAAAGAGUUCAACCGCAGACUGUUCCAUUACAGUCUCUUCAACCAAAACACCUUCUAUGUUUGGACAAAGAUGUGAUCAGUAGAAAAUUGAUGGAUGAUGCAUCAGUCAUCAACUAUGAAUAUGGAAAGGGUAAAGAUAUAAUUUAUGAUUUUGAGGAAAUCGAAUUCAUGAUUCGUGAAAAGAUUAGUUGUUUGCCAUUGAUCGAUACAGAUAGAAUACAUUUUUUUAAUUAUCAAUUCGAACUGUAUGAAGAAAACGCUUCAUUAAUUACUGAUGUUCGUAGGAAUAGUGAACAGAAGUUAUUGCCUGAGAAGAAACGAAGUGAACUGCAAAAAUUAAUUGAUACUAUUCCAAACGGUGAUAUUCUUCACUACAUUGGUUCACUGGAUCAAAUUUUUACAUAUUUACGGCACUGUGAACGCGAAUCUAUGCAUAGUCUUACGGUUAAGUCAUUUAUUGAACAGCAUAUUCAUUCUAAAAUGGGUUUUAGUGAUAAAUUGUUUCAAGACUCGAAUUUUUCGACCAUUGAACUAGCAUAUGUUGUUGACUUCUAUCAAUUAUUAGAAGAAAUUGGAUUCGAAAAAAUUUUACGAAAUCAUAUUGAAAAAGAUUCACGAGGACCAUUAUUACUUUCAGUUGACAAUGAAACUUGCCUUAUCGAUCAGUUUAUUCAAAUGACAUCUGGAAACAUAAUGAUAGCAACCUGUCUGAAAAACUUAGAUUGCUGGAUUAACAUGUUGAAAAGACUUCUACUACGAGUCUCAAUGAAUACUAACUUAAGCUUCUAUGUACCGUUACAAAAAUUUGCUGGCCGAUCUGAUUUUUGGACUGUUGAUGUCGAAGCAAACGAUAUUCAAUCUUUCAAAAUUGCGGAUGAUAUUCAGUUACGGCACGCAUUCAUCAUUUUGAAAAGUUUAGAAGGAAGAAAACGUGAUUCGCAACGUGAAAGGGAAUCACAUGCAACUAAUCAGCGACUCAAUCCCAGAAAUUCAAUUGCAACACAACAGUCAUGGUUUCUAAAUCAAACCACGAUCAGAAAUCAUCGCGAAGUUAUCGGCACUAAUACGAGGAUUAACAAAAAGACACGGGUAUAGCUGUGCAGUCGUUUCUUUUAUACUUAAUGUUUUUUUUCGUAUAUUACAUCACUAACUCGACAACAUUAAUCAAGAAUAAAAUCAGAAAACUAUCGACGAAAACUAAAGGAAUUUCAAGCGAUCACAUAUAAACCUGUGAUCUUCUACAGGUGUAUUUCGACCCCAUGUAUUAGACAUCUCUUAUGAAAAAACAUUUUACUCAUAUCGACGGAUUUGUUUGAGGGUUUCCUAGGAUAGUAUCUGAUUAUUUUAAGAUAUAAUUUGAAUUUUUUCGACAAGUACUAAGUAUAUUACAGAGAUGUCCAUCGCAGCUGGAAAUUCGCCGCUGCCGCGCUGCAAUGACUUUAGAAAUUUCAGAUCUUACCGCUAUCGCGACGUUGUAAAUAGUGCGAUCUACAGAAGACCCUCUGUUCUCUAAUAAAAAACCGUUUGUGUACCAAUUGAAUGGUACGAGUUAUUACGUCAAAUAUCAGUAUGUGAUGAAAUGGAUAAUAAUCAUGAGUUCCUUAGAACUUCAAUUAAAGAACAAACAUUCAGCGAAUGACCGGUAACACCUGAACACUUGAAAUAUUAAAUUAAAUAGAACGUACUAUAUAGAUCAAAUAGAAUGCUCGUUUUCGUUUGAAUAACCGAUAUUUUAGCCCGGAAAAACGGACAGAUUAUAGGAACUUAGAGGGUGUGAGUGUGGGUGUGGGGUGUGUGUGGGUGUGGGUGUGGGUGUGUGGGGUGGGUGUGGAUGUGGGUGGGUGUGGGUGUGGGUGUGGGUAUGAGUGUGGGUGUGGGUGUGUGGGUAUGGGUGUGGGUAUGAAGGAAGAGAACACCCACACCCCACACCCACACCCUGGAAACACAGACACAUGCAAAACGAGGGUGGGGUGUGGGUGUGGGUGUAUGGGUGUGG